CACUGAUAUGCGCGUACACGCUGGGAAAAGCUUGAAUUUUACGCCGCGCGAAGCGAGCGCGUUACAUGUUAAUUUUCUUCCUCUUUUGUCUCCUUCCGCAACUUGGACGCAUCACUCGUGCACAACUUCCAACAGAAUUAAAGUAAAAGAGGCGACAAUGAGCCAUCAAACGAACAGCAAAAGCGAAUUAAUCAAAUGGCUCGGUACGCGACCAUCAUUAUAUACUGUAAAAGACCAGUAUCUUAGUUUGGUCAUGAAUAUGGCUGAAGUGCUUGAAAAUGAAGAAAUUCAGUUGAAAUUGGUGAUCAUGGAGUUGACGGAUGGAGAUUAUUGGUUACCAGUGACAAUGCCUAAAGAAACAUUAGAAACUGCCCUCAAUAUCUCGUCAUCAACAAAGGAAGAGCUUGGUGAAAGACUGGAACCGCUUGCAAACACAAACUUAAUGAUAACCAAAUGGAUGGUGGGUGUUUACCGACGCGGUGAAGCACUGGCGCCCUACUUGCUCAUAAAUGAGCUCGUCUUCAACAAUACGUCUGCCGCCACUCCACGAACCCCUCGAGAAAUUUGCUACAAUCCGCGCGUCAAUAGCUGGUUAAUGGACGUACAGAAUCAGCUUUUAAACCUGACUUUUGACCUGAAUGACAAGGAUUGGGUGAUGCCUUUGUAUCCUAAGUCUAGAAUACCCGGCAUGACCCAAGAUGAAUUUUAUAAAUUCCAUCCAGCCGUAGAAGAACUUUUACUUUACCGAUACGGUGCACUUCCUUCAUUGGCAGAAAUUGAAGAGCAAAUAAGGCCGUUAAGCAAGACGUUCAAAAAAAGGCAUGCGAAUCGAGAAAGUGUUGGAAGAGACCCGCCAUCACGACCAGCAAAACAAGUCAAAACACAGCAUCAACAAAGCCUGCUAUCACAAUAUUGUCCCCCAUUGACACGGGGUGACGUCAAGGACAUUUUUGAUAGUUUCGACACGAUCGACGAUAGCGACUGCAUAAUUCCACCAGAUCAGCUGGCAAUCUUGGCUUCAUUCGAUGGGGCUAGUCCAAUUCUGCAAACAAUCAUCAAACAAGAAAAUGUGGCAACAGACGACAAUCCUAAUAAUCAUCAAGCAGUACUCCCGUAUUCUGUUGCAACAUCACAGAUACCUCCAAAUAAGCUACAUAACGACGACCAGCAACGGCGGUCAGAUAUUUCAGAUCAACAAGGAGUUGCAGCAGUAGCAGCUGGUGUCGUUCGCAGUGCCAGCAAUGUUGUUGAUGAUCGUCAGCAUCAAGGACUAGAUAUCACGGAGAGGAACGAGGGUGAACAAGACGAGAAUCAUGAUGAGGACGAAUACGAUGACGCAGAGGAGGGAGGCAUGGAUAAUAUGGAUCCUACUGAAUUUUGGGAAGCCCAGCACAUCUCCUAUGUAGACAUGGUUGAUGGUUUCAAAAGCAAAAUGUGCUUGUUGUUCUAAAAGACAGACCAUUAUGAUCAUUGUUUCUGUAUAUCUCAUCGUUACUACAUCCCGUCAUCUAUCACAUGUAAAUAUUAUUCAUCAGACCUUUUGUGGCCUUAUUCGUAAUCGCCUUGCUAAUACUAAAUACUACUGUCCACCGAGUCUUUGUACUAUCUUGUUGUUAUUGUUGAUUCUGCCCCAUUCCCAAUGAAAUGGUUGCAUACGAAGCAGUAAAAAAAGAGGGACCAACUACAAUUAUGUAGACAAUAUUUUCU